AUGAUGCUGACAAGGCAGGUGAAGCUGCACGAGAUGAACCUGAAAUUUGAGCCAGACCGAAGUAUUGGAAUGUCUUGUCAAAACCUGAACUAUUUUCCAGAAACAUUACCGAGACUCCCAGAGACGCCUGCUGCUGAACCAAACCUCCGCAGAUUACCGAGACUCCCAGAGACGCCUGCUGCUGAACCAAACCUCCGCAGAUUACCGAGACUCCCAGAGACGCCUGCUGCUGAACCAAACCUCCGCAGAUUACCGAGACUCCCAGAGACGCCUGCUGCUGAACCAAACCUCCGCAGAUUACCGAGACUCCCAGAGACGCCUGCUGCUGAACCAAACCUCCGCAGAUUACCGAGACUCCCAGAGACGCCUGCUGCUGAACCAAACCUCCGCAGAUUACCGAGACUCCCAGAGACGCCUGCUGCUGAACCAAACCUCCGCAGAUUACCGAGACUCCCAGAGACGCCUGCUGCUGAACCAAAACUGUCAACCAAUCAGAGAACAAGAGCUUCUACUCCAGAGUCCUACGUGAUUCUCACUCUUCGUGAAAUAAUGACCAAGAUACCUUGUGCAUGA